UCCUGCGCAAAUAUGGCCACUCAGGGCAGCUGUCUGUGGUAAAGUCAGCGGUUGCAAAUGGCGACAUACAGAAAGUUCGUGAUACUGUAAUUAAUUUCUAUAAUAAGUGCAAUCGGUGAAACAAAUUGUGCGCGAAAUACGUUCUUUAUUACAUUGGUGGUUUUAAGCAACGAAAGACAAGAUGCCGGCGGUACGAGGCGAUGGCAUGCGCGGACUUGCAGUUUUCAUAUCAGACAUCAGAAAUUGUAAAAGCAAGGAAGCUGAAAUUAAAAGGAUAAAUAAAGAAUUGGCGAAUAUUCGUGGAAAAUUUAAAGGAGAUAAAACACUUGAUGGAUAUCAAAAGAAGAAAUAUGUUUGUAAACUUCUUUUUAUUUUCCUCUUGGGACAUGACAUCGAUUUUGGUCACAUGGAAGCUGUCAAUCUUCUUUCAUCGAAUAAAUACUCAGAGAAACAAAUUGGCUAUCUAUUCAUAUCAGUUUUAGUGAACACAAAUAGUGAUCUCAUCAAAUUAAUAAUUCAGAGUAUUAAAAAUGAUUUGGCAUCUCGAAAUCCAAUUCAUGUGAAUCUUGCAUUACAAUGUAUUGCCAAUAUUGGAAGUAAAGAUAUGGCGGAGGCUUUUGGAAAUGAAAUUCCCAAAUUGCUGGUAUCAGGCGACACGAUGGACGUGGUGAAACAAAGUGCAGCCCUGUGCCUUUUACGUUUAUUGAGAACUGCUCCGGACGUUGUUCCUGGUGGAGAAUGGACGUCGCGUAUUGUUCAUUUACUUAAUGAUCAACAUCUCGGCGUUGUUACUGCUGCAGCGUCGCUUAUCGAUGCUCUUGUCAAAAGAAAUCCAGACGAAUACAAAGGAUGCGUCAGUCUUGCCGUUUCUAGACUCAGUCGAAUCGUAACAUCGAGUUACACGGAUCUGCAGGAUUACACCUAUUAUUUUGUGCCUGCGCCUUGGCUAUCCGUAAAACUGUUGCGAUUGCUUCAGAAUUACACUCCGCCAGGUAAAUUCCUGACGUACACGGAAAAAAACGCUGAAGAUCCAGGUGUACGAGGUCGUUUAAAUGAAUGUCUUGAGACAAUUUUAAAUAAAGCACAAGAGCCACCAAAGUCAAAGAAGGUUCAACAUGCAAAUGCAAAGAAUGCUGUUUUAUUUGAGGCAAUUAGUUUAAUAAUUCAUAAUGAUAGUGAACCACAUUUAUUGGUACGCGCUUGCAAUCAACUUGGUCAGUUUUUAUCGAAUCGUGAGACAAAUCUUCGUUAUUUAGCACUAGAAUCAAUGUGUCAUCUUGCAACAUCGGAAUUAUCACAUGAGGCAGUUAAAAAACAUCAAGAAGUUGUUAUUCUAUCAAUGAAAAUGGAAAAAGAUGUUUCAGUACGACAACAAGCUGUUGAUUUACUUUAUGCAAUGUGCGAUAAAAGUAAUGCCGAGGAAAUUGUUCAGGAGAUGUUGAAUUAUUUGGAAACGGCUGAUUAUUCAAUACGCGAAGAAAUGGUAUUGAAAGUUGCAAUUCUUGCUGAAAAAUAUGCAACCGAUUAUACAUGGUAUGUGGAUGUUAUUUUGAAUCUCAUUAGGAUAGCUGGUGAUUAUGUAUCGGAGGAAGUUUGGUAUCGUGUUAUUCAAAUUGUUAUUAAUCGAGACGAUGUACAAGGAUAUGCUGCUAAAACUGUCUUUGAGGCAUUGCAAGCGCCUGCAUGUCAUGAGAAUAUGGUAAAAGUCGGAGGUUACAUUCUCGGGGAAUUUGGAAAUUUAAUAGCGGGAGAUCAGCGUUCUUCUCCAUUGGUGCAAUUCCAACUCUUACAUUCCAAAUAUCAUUUGUGUUCUCCAAUGACACGUGCUCUUCUUCUAUCGACUUACAUUAAAUUUAUAAAUCUCUUUCCUGAAAUUCGUACACAAAUUCAAGAUGUCUUUCGACAAGACAGUAAUUUACGAAGUGCCGAUGCUGAAUUACAACAAAGAACAUCGGAAUAUUUACAAUUAAGUAUCAUUGCAUCGACCGAUGUAUUGGCAACAGUUUUAGAAGAAAUGCCAGCAUUCCCCGAAAGGGAAUCAUCAAUACUUGCUGUAUUAAAAAAGAAAAAACCAGGACGCGUACCUGAGAAUGAAAUUCGCGAGAGCAAAAGUCCAGCUCCAAAUACAAAUCAUCAUACCGAAGCGAGUUCAAUUGCAACGGUGGCUGCUAUUAAUAAUUCAUCUGCCGAUCUUUUGGGAUUAUCAACACCGCCUUCAUCACAACCAACGAGUAACACUGGCGUUCUUUUAGAUGUUUUGGGAGAUAUUUAUAAUAUGCCAAAUAAAGUUGGCGCCACAAAUGGAACACAAAGCACAUAUAAUCCAAAAAAAUUCGUGUGUAAAAAUAAUGGCGUACUCUUUGAAAAUGAUUUAAUUCAAAUAGGAGUAAAAUCGGAAUUCCGACAAAAUCUUGGACGUAUUGGUUUAUUCUACGGUAAUAAAACACAACUUCCAUUAACUAAUUUUCAACCGGAAAUUUCUUGGUCCGAUGAAAAUCAAGUGAAACUAUCGGUACAAGUAAAAUCAGUGGAUCCAGUUUUAGAAGCGGGAGCGCAAAUUCAACAAAUGGUGAACGCCGAAUGUAUCGAUGACUAUGAUGAUUCACCGAGUAUGGUUAUUACAUUUAUGUACAAUAACAUUAAUCAAAAAAUUACAAUGAAAUUGCCAUUAACGAUCAAUAAAUUCUUUGAACCAACUGAAAUGAAUGGUGAAUCAUUUUUUGCCAGAUGGAAGAAUCUUGGAGGAGCCAAUCAGCAACGUUCACAGAAAAUAUUUAAAGCCCAACAACCAAUGGAUUUACAGCAAGUUCGCACAAAACUUCAAGGUUUUGGAAUGCAACUGUUGGAUGGAAUCGAUCCAAAUCCUGAUAAUUUUGUUUGUGCUGGAAUUGUGCACAUGAGAGCGCAACAAGUUGGUUGUUUAUUGAGAUUGGAACCGAAUAAACAAGCACAGAUGUUCCGAUUAACUGUGCGCUCGAGUAAGGAAUCAAUGUCUAUUGAAGUUUGUGACCUGCUCGUGGACCAAUUUUAAAAAGGGGCCUAUAGCAGAGACGCCUGUGUUGAUUUUUGGAGAAAAAAAAAAAUUUUUUUUUUUUAUUUAAAAAAAAAACCGCAUUACUCGUUGCGCGUGGUGUUUUGUCUAUCGAAUGUCGAUGACAAAUGAAUCUCGUUUCUUUGACGAGAGGUGAUGAUGAUGAUGAUCAAAGAAUGUUUCUUGUCAGCUUGAGAAGCACAACUAUAGUCCCCUCCAGUUUCUUUCACUUGUCAUCGUGUGAGCUUCGUUAUUAACAGCGAAUAUCACUCUCAUUUAAAAAAAAAAAAUUGGAAUUUUAAAUUCAUUUUGAAAAUAGCAUAUUGUGGCAAAAAAAAGUAAUAUAUUUAUAUAAAAAAAAAAAAAUAAUAAGGAAAAGGAAAAAAGACAGAUCGAUGGGACAGUAUUAGUCUUGAGAGUGAAAACGGUAACGAGAGAUUUUAUUUAAGCUGUUAAAAAAGACCUAAAGAUGUCAUGAGGUAAGAAUCUGCUCUUAAUUUUUUUUUUUUUUUUUUUUUCUUUCUUUUCCAAGUAACCACGUAGACUGAAGCAAAACUGCCGAAAGUCUCAUUUAUUUGCUUCCCUUGAAAAAUUUCUUCAUUUUUAGUUUUUAAGGUCCGAGGAUUCAAAUUUUCUUCCUCAAAAAAAAAAUCUAUUUAAUAGAUUAAAUUUAAAUUUUCUUUUUUAGAAAUUUUAUUUUACAAACUUAUUUUUUGGAUAUAAUUUAAAUUCAAAAUUAUUUUCCUUUAAAAAAUUUGAAAAUUCUUCAUUUGAAUCCUCGUUUUUUACAAGUUUGAUACUCAUUGUUUUUUUUUUAAAUCACUACUCCUUCCUAUUAAUUAAAAAAAAAGAAAGCAUUGAUCCGUGCGGAUUUUUGUAGUCGUUGAGAUUAGUUCGCCAUAGAAAAAAUACCUUUACGUUUUGACGAAGCUCAAAGUAUAAAAUAAAAAGUACGAUAUUAAUUUGUAAUCUAGUUUCCAAAUAUAAAUCACUAAGUUUCCGCUUGACUUUAAGGGGGGAAAGGAUGAAAAAAGAAAAAAAAAAUCCAUGACUGGUUUUAACCUUUAAGUGCUUAAGAAACUGCGAGGUACGACGUCAUUAUUAUCAACGAGUCGUUAAUAAAUUAUAAAUAAAUUAUAAUCGUAAUUAGGAAUGUAAAUGAUAGGUCUAUUAUAAUAGUUCUCUUUUUCUCUCUCUCUCUCUCUAAUCAACUUGGGUGUAUAUUUUCCCUGUUUCAAAUUACAAUUAGAGAUAUUUUUCUGUUUUAGCUUUUUUUUUAAAAAAAAAAAAACGGUCACAAAAUUAUUCGAUUUUAAUUGUAAAUAUGUAUUUUAAGAAUUUCUUUUCUGUUUGCAAAUCAGGUAUUUAAGUAGUCAAAUUUUUUUUCUAUUUUUUUUUUAAUGGUUGUACAUUUAUGUCGAUGUAAAGUUAAAGUUUCUGUAUUUUUUUAAUUUCUAUUAAUCUAAGUGUAGGCUGUGAUCGAGAAUUUUUCAGCGAUCGUUUCUAAAUAAGGGGGAUCUGUUAGCAUUUGAUUUUUGGGAUUCGAUUUUUAUAAUAAAAAUCGUAAAUUAUUUUUUUAUUAUUUAAAAAGUAAUUUUUCGUAUAGAAUUGUUUUUUUACAAUUAGUAAUUGUAAAAAUUUUAAAAUAUUUUAAUUUUACCAGACUCAAUUUUAAUAUAAUUUUUUUUCCCCCCCCAGGAAAUUAAUUCAAUUUUAAAUAAAUUAGAGAUUUUAAUUAUUGAAUUAAUUUUUUUUUUUUAAAUUAUAAAUAUUUUAAAUGUUUAUAAAUUCCCAUUCUAUCAAAUUGCAAAAGAAUCUCAUUCGUCCCCAAAUAUAUUAUAUAUUUUUUUUAAUUUACAAAAUUGUCCAAAAUAUUCUUAACCGAUCGCUUUUCGUUUUCUCGACCAAACUUGCAACGUCGCGUUACCAGUCAUGGAUUUAUUAUUAUGUUCUAACUGGAACGAGUAAAUAUUAAUUUGCGAGAAUCUACACUGUAGUUAUAUAAAAAUAAUACUAAAAACAAAAAAAAAAAAGGAAAAAAAAAAAUUCUUAUUAUAAAAUGCAAGAUAGAUUGAAAGGUUUAAUGGAAAUGUUCCCUUUAUCGAACGUAUAGCUUGUACACUUUAUUAUUGUACAAAAAAAAAAAAAAAAGAAA